UCCGCCUGCCUCACCGCGAAAAGUCCUCGCCGGUUACCAAACAAAAAAAAAAAAAAAAAAAAAGAACCUCCAUUAUUUAAUGUCCGCCCAUUUUCUCAGAGAGUGGACUCACUCUAAAGCUCUCAUUGACGCCUGCUGGUUCUGAUCGCUCGCAUUCCCCUCACUCCUCCUCGCGCUCCGCUCUCCGAAUUGGAAGGCCAGCAGCAAUGUCAGAGAACGCUCUUAGAGAUCUCAAUACCAUACCUGGAUCUGAGAGGAAGAAUGAAAGCUCUAGCAAAGGGGGCGUAACUAAGCCCGUCGCUGUGAAUGCUAAUGAAAAUCAUGAAGAAUGCCUGAAGAAAACCACAGCUUCGGUGGGUUCACUUUCUAUAAAUGGCGAGGAAGUUGCAAAUUCCAUACCCGAGGUUGGAAUUGCUGAAGUAGAAUACAUUGAAUCUGAGAAUCUGAAUGAUCUAGAAGAUGUUGAUACGAGCCUCAAGACACUACUAACUGGACUAGAGUCUAAAGAUUGGGUUCUGGUGUGUGAAGCGCUCAAUAAUGUUCGUCGGUUUUCUAUAUUUCAUAAGGAAGCCAUGCUUGAUAUGUUGGGAGAUGUGAUAUCGCUUGUUGUAAAGUCACUGAAGAAUCCAAGAAGUGCUGUUUGCAAAACUGCAAUAAUGACAUCUGCAGACAUUUUCAAUGCGUACAAUGAUGACGUGAUUGAUUCUUUGGACCCUAUGCUUACCCAACUUCUUCUAAAGUCAUCACAAGACAAGCGAUUUGUGUGUGAGGCAGCUGAGAGAGCUUUAGUAGCGAUGACCACUUGGGUUUCCCCUACAUUGUUGUUACCAAAGUUGCAACCAUAUCUGAAGAACAGAAAUCCUAGAGUUCGAGCGAAGGCAUCAACGUGUUUUUGUCGAAGUGUUCCACGACUGGGUGUUGAAGGUAUUAAAGCGUAUGGGUUUGACAAAUUAAUUCAGAUCGCUGCAUCUCAGCUUAGUGACCAACUUCCUGAGUCAAGGGAGGCUGCUAAGAUCCUCCUUCUGGAGCUGCAGACUGUUUAUGAUAAAUUUGAUGAUCCCCCUCCAGCCGCAGUGUGUGAGCAUCCAGAAACGAGCUCAGCAGCAGCAUCUGAGCUCCCAGAAACGAGCUCAUGGGAGAACUUUUGUCAGUCAAAACUCUCGCCUCUCAGUGCACAAGCUGUUCUUCGGGUAACCAGUGUCGCUCGGGAAGGUCUUGUUAUGGGAUCUUGACACAGGUUUAUAUUGAAACACGCAUGAGCUUUAGUAGCAUUUUAUCACCAUUUUCCAACAUAUAUGAUCUUUAGGGAAAAGGCCUAUAUCUGCCCUUGAUUUGAUUUGCUUGGUCAAUUUCUCUUUUCAUUUUUUCGUGCUUGUAAAUCCUUCGAAAGGUUGAGAUGUUUGGUCUUACAGUUGGAGCAUGUAGUUGAGCCAUAGUUUUACGAUAAUAUUCUUCACACAUCGCGAUAUUACAGCUGGGUUUUGUUCCUCCGAACAUUGCUGUCGAAAUGUUGAGGUGUUUCUUUUACUCAA